AUGGCAGACAUGGACGACGACACAAAGGUCACGAUCCCUUUCCCCGCGUCUACAAAGCAGGCGGCAAAAGAGGUAAACGGCGUGAAAACCGAUGUCAUGUACAUCUCGUUCGCCGACAAAAUCAUGAUCACAAUAACUCAGAACGGAAAACUUGGUCAAUGGAUCACUGUGCCACUUUUGAGCGACAACCCUACACACUCGGACCCUUACUUCCAAACGGGCCGCUCUGGAGAAGACGCCUUGCUUCCGUCAACUCGCUUUUCGCCUCGGACAUUGCUGGGAGCCGGUGGUACUGAACGUGAAGCCAUGGGCCACCUACGCCUGAUGAACGCCGUAGCCUCAUGCUUGGACUAG